AUGGCCAAAAUUGCUCUGGGGCAACAACAACCAGACUUUGCUGCUCUUGCCAAGCUCUGCUACGUGGACAACACGUACAUUGGCUGUCGGACUGUUGCCGAAGGCAUCGCAAAGGCUAAAUUAGCCAAAUCUCUCUUUGCCACUAUUGAUAUGAACCUUCGUCAGUUCUGCUGCAAUAAUAUGGAUAUUUUGAAAGAUUUUGCUUCCCAAGAUCUUGAUCCGUCCCCUGACCAAAAACUUCUCGGCCUGCGCUGGGAUCUUUUGACCGACUGCUUAUGGUGGGUCAUCAAAUUUAAGGAUUAUCCUUUGCACCGAAUCACCAAGCGCGUUGCUGCGCGCAUUCUUAGCAGCCUGUACGACCCCACCGGAUUCCUCAGUCCCGUGCUUGUGCGCCCCAAGCUUUUUCUCCAGCAAUUAUGGCAUUUCCAGUACAAAUGGAAUGAUUUGCUUAACUCUGCCCACCAAGCCGAACUCCUAGAGUUGACGGCUGCCCUCCAAGGCGAAAUUAUUCGCGUGCCACGCAUCGUUGCCACUCGCAGCGAGCGGGAGCACGUCUCGCUCAUCCUCUUCAGUGAUGCUUCCUCGAAGGCCUAUGCUACCGUUGCUUACCUCCGCGUCCAGUCUGAGGACCAAGUCAGUGUCCAUCAGAUAAAGGCAAAUUUCAAGCUCGUCCCUCUCAAGGAUAUGGAAAAAUUCACGAUCCCUAAGGUCGAACUGCUCGGUCUGUACCUCUCCGCCAAAUUGGCACGAUAUCUGCAUGCGAAAUUGGAUCUCCCAAUUCGGCAUAUUUCCUUUUUCGGGGACAAUACAGCCACUUUGAGCUGGUUGCAGCGCCCCCCUAAGGAGGGCGUGUUUGUCAAAAAUCGUAUCCAAUUCAUUCAACAAACUGCCCAAUUUUUCUCUGAGCAGCAGAUUCCCUGCCUCUUCCAUUAUGUCGCCACCCAAUCUAAUCCGGCUGAUCGUGCCACGCGUGGAUGCAGUGGUGCGGAGUUGGCCACUGAUCUGCUUUGGGCUGUUGGACCCGAAUUUUUGCACGACCCUCCCACCUCAUGGAGUCCCUUCGUUGCUAGUGAGCCUUGCGAACCGGAUGCUCUAGAAGACGUCCCUGUUUCCCCCGGUUCCCCUGCGCCGUGCGUCGUUAACAGCGCCCAGAUUCUCACGUACGAACCUGUCGUGCCCAUGAUUGAGUCUGCCCGUUUCUCGAGCUAUGAGAAGUUGCUCAACACCAUGAUCAUGGUGCUUUUGGCCUUUCUCGGCUUCGGCCGUGCCCUCCCGCCUGAUACGCUUGACCGUAUUCGGCGUAAGCUGCGUUUGAAAUCAGCGGACCCUCAGGAUCUCCGUGCCGCGGCUUCCGAGUGGCUUGUUCUGCAACAUUACGAUCGGGCCAGCCUCGAUCUAGUGAAGCUGCAGCAGAAAGGAAUCUCGAAAGAUCCUGAUGGUCUUCUGCGUCUUCAUACCCGUCUCGGGUAUUCUGGCCUUCCGGCUUCCACCGUUUCCCCCAUUUUUAUUGUGCCUCAAAGCCAUUUGCUCACCUUGCUUAUUGAAAAUGCUCAUAAAGCCGUUUUGCAUUGCGGCGUGAAGGACACUCUUGCGGAAUUCCGCCGUGCGCACACGACUGUGGGCGCGCGCCGCGCGAUCGAAUUCGUUCUCCGUCAUUGUACGCUGUGCAAAUUAUUCAAUGGCCGUCCUUAUCGCUAUCCUGGCUUGAAUCAUCUUCCGCACGACCGCGUCGCCAUGCACAUUCGACCUUUUGAUCAGGUCGGCCUCGAUAAUUUCUUUCUCACUGUUGCCCACCAACAAAAGGUCGUUCUUCUGAUCACCUGUGCCAUCACUCGUUUAAUUCAUCUCGAAGUUUGCGACGAUUUGAGUGCCUUCGAAUUUAUUCGGGGGCUCAAACGUUUUUGCGCUCGGCGCGGCGUGCCCUCCAAGAUUAUGGCCGAUAAUGGCUCGAAUUUCCGUUUGGGAUCUCGAGUCAUUGGCCCCUGCCGCAAAGACUUUACGGAUGAAGUCGGGCUUUUUCUGGAACGCCAAGGCAUUAAUUUUGUAUUUAUUUCCCCUCUUUCUCCGUGGCGUGGGGGAUUCUGGGAACGACUCAAUAAAGUCGUGAAAAGUAUUUUUUACAAGAAUACUGCACGCGCCAAAGCAUUCGAGCGCAUGGAUCAUCCCACUUUUGUUACCUUUCUUACGGAAAUUGAAGGUAUUGUCAAUUCUCGUCCCCUCGCGGGGAAGAGUGAUUUUGAUACCAUCCUGCGCCCUAUUGAUUUCAUCUCCCCCAAAGCCGUCCUUCUGCUCAAUCUCGAUUGCCAAGAGCCCUCGUGGCAACCUAGCUUGACUUCUAGCGAACAAGUGCGCCAGCUCUUUCAUCUUUAUGACCAAUUCUUCCGGGAUUGUUGGUCUACUUUUCAAGUAGACUACCUGCUUAACUUGCGCGAUUACCAUCGUCAAGUGCAAAUCAAUACGCAAGGCCGUUUGCAUCCCGUCAUUGGUGAUAUUGUGUACAUCAUCGAUGCGGAUAAGCCCCGUCGCAACUGGAGCAUGGGCAUUAUAGAACAAUUGCUCCCUAGUGCCGAUGCCCAAAUUCGCUCCGCGAUUGUCAAAAAUACCAAAAAUCAUUUGCUCGAGCGCCCUAUUAACCAGCUCAUUCCCUUGGAGAUUUGUGACAGUGACGAGGAACGCAGCCGUUCCCCUCUGCCCGUGUCCACGGGGAUACUGUCAAUUUCCAGGAACCGGCUGGCUCAACUCGAGGUCCAGUGUGCAUUGCCCGGCAACGGCCAUAUCGAAACUGUCAACACCACCGUCAGCGUCCGGGAGAAGUUCAAAAAUGUGUACGCAUCGUUGCUACCGGACAUGCCGCAACCCUCCAACAUCUGCGUGUACGCCUCGGUGCAGCCCAAACCACCC